AGAGUGCAGUGUGCGUGAAAUCACUAUGGCAAUGGAAUAAAUCACUAUGCGAGGAACCAGACAAAUGGGGUUGGAAUUCGCUGCACUAUGCUGUUAAACUAGAAUUGAUAGAAGUAGUUUCUGAUAUGCUCGAAUGGAAGAAUUCCUUAGCCUACCUUCCAGCAGGCAGCGAAAAUGACUGGACGACGACAAUUCACAUUGCAGCCAAUGAAGGUGAUGUAAACAUGAUAAAUGAGCUAUUAAAACACUGUCCAGAUUGCUGGGAAAUGCUUAACAGCAGGGGCCAGAAUUUUCUUCAUGUUGCCAUAUUGAGCCAUCAAAAAAGUUUAGUUAGAUCCUUCUUACUAGGAAAACUUAAAAGGUGGCAUAUUAUCCUUGCUGACGAGAAAGAUAAUGAUGGCAACACUCCUCUUCAUUUGCUUGCUGCCUCUCAUCGGAGCCUUGUGCCUUCUCUAAGAAACCAUCCCAGUGCAAAGAAGAUGUCAUUUAACAAAGAAAACCAGACACCGCUUGACGUGGCAUUUUUGCGCACCGGGACAACAAAUACGGUUAAUUAUCGGAAUUUCAAGCAGAGGCUCGGCAAUGGUCGAUUUGGACGACGUGACUUCGAGAUAAAAUAUACGAACAUGCAGAAGCAACAGAGGGAGAACAGAUAUAAUGAUGAAAACUUGAAAGACAGAUUGCAAGACCUUAUGAAUGCAACUAAAGUAGGUCUAGUAAUGGCCACACUGCUAGUGACGGUCACCUUCGCAGCAGGCUUUACAUUGCCAGGAGGCUUUGACAGUGAUCCUGGCCCUAAUAAAGGGAUGGCAAUUCUGACAAAGAAAAGAGAGUUCCGUGAAUUUAUUGUUUCAGAUGCCAUCGCCUUCGCAUGCUCGGCUGGCGCUAUAUAUUGCUACUUCUUCAUCUCAGCAUUUGCAUCAACAAGGGAAUUAAAAUAUCUCCUUCGGCUUAAUGCGAUCGCAAGUAUAUUGCAGUCAGUGGCCAUACCAGCAGUUGUAUAUGCAUUUGUAACUGGCAUGCACUCUACUUUAGCACAUUCACAUGGUCUCGCCGUUACCGUCUACGCCAUUGGUUGCAUAUUUUCUCUCUUGGCUAAUACUCUUUGGAUUUGUCUCAUAGUUGAAAAGAUAGGCAACAAAGAGUAGAGUGAUAGACAUGAAUGCUACUUGUUUUACACUAUCAAUUUAUAUAAUUUAAACUUGUGCCAAAUUACUUGGCUGUUUAAAUAAUUAUUGACUGCUUAGGGUGGUGCAGAAUUAAUACUUGGACGAUAGUCCU